ACAUCGUCUCCUGUGCAUAUGCCAAGUCAACAAUCGUUUCAACCUGAAGAUUCGUCGUCUCCUGUGGAUAUGCAAAUUCAACAGUCGAUUCAGUCUGGUAAUUCCGACGACUCAUAUGGAACCCACCAGUUCGAAAAUAUGCAUCCGCAAUUUAAUUACAAUGGUGGUCAUUACAACUGGGGAAUGCAGCAGCCGUACUGGAACUAUAAUUCACAUUUAAUGAAUUCUUCUUAUCAAACACCAUCAACUGUCCCUGAAUUUCCGAGCCAGCAAAAUAUUGGAGCAAUAACAAGCUAUAGGCCAAAUGUCACAAAAAUCACAUCAUCUGCAACUUCAUGCUGAAAGUAGUUCCGGCCCUUCUACAUCCCGAGAUUCUUCGUCUUAUUAUGCUACGGAUUCUCCAUCGUCUCUUCCCAUUCCAAAGAAAGUCAAUCACGACAAAGAGAAAUACUUCUCUGACCUUGCCAAGAUUAAUGAAAAGUUGUCUAUGAUCGAUAAAAAAAUUAAUCCAGUUGACGAAUGCAUUGAGGAAAUAGAUGAAGGCAUUGCUUCUUUUCCAUUAAAAAACUUAGUAUUGGAAGCAUUCGAAAAAAUUCUUAAAAAAGAUGAAAAUCUGAAGAAGCUAAUAGUCCGAAAAAUCCGUCUUUCAGGAAAAAGAAUUCCAAAAAUUCUGAAGGCGACUAUGUGUACAAAGAGCGUGGAGAACAGUAUUUGAAGAUUCACUCUCUAAGGAUGUAAAUUGGCUUGGGAGACGUGAUAAGAGAGUAAACGGCGGAAUGGGAAAAAAAGGAAUCCACUCUUGUCGUAUAACGGAAUUAGUAAGAGUUAGAAUCAUCUCCAAUUCAAAGUUUAAAGAUCUGGAAAAAGAAGUGUUCGUCGCUGAAACCAAAUCGUAUCUUCAUAAUGCAAAAGGGCGUUUUGUGGCAGA